GUGAAACAUUAACCCUGUAGUUAGUCUGUUAGAGCUAAACAGACCACUUCAAGGAAACCAGAGAACAUGAGGUCUUUCUUUGUGAUACUGGGACUGCUGGUCUGUAAAGAGGCAGCAGGAUCCAGUGAUGUGACUUCUCUGUUUGUGCAGCAGGGAAAGGAUUUACACCUGGAGGUCAAGGAACCUGUUCAACUCAACAUAAAGAUGGAUUUAUUCUGGAAAUUUAAUACCACUAACACUAUAGGAAAAUUAUCUUAUAAUAACCAACCAGUACUCUUUGACAGAUAUGAGGAAAGGGCUGAGAUUUUUGUGCAAAAUCAGUCUUUGCUACUAAAGAUUCUACAGCAGGACGACACUGGAAAUUAUGUUGCCCUAGUGACUGGGUCAGAAGACCGAAAGGUAGCUGAAUACAACGUCAUUGUCCAAGAACCCGUGUCUCCAGUUGAUUUAACAGUGAACUCCAGCAGCUCAGACAAAUGUAACUUCACUGUGACUUGCAGAACAAGGGGCUCUCACAUUAACAAGACUUUUAGAUGUGAUAAUCGGUCCUGCUCUGAGGAGAGAGGAGAGGAAACCACAACCUAUCCUUCCUCUAUUAAUGUGUACGUGGAUCAAGGCUUCAUCAUCUGUAACCAUAGCAACCAAGUGAGCUUGGAGCAAGCCAGGAGGGAGAUUAGUUCUGUCUGUGGGGCAGAUCCAGGUUCUGCUGGUUUUUCUCUCUGCCUGGUGAGAACAGUCGUGUUCUCUGUGGGUCUGAUCGUCAUGGUGUCUGCAGUCAUCAGUGUCCAUCUCAUGAACAGGCUCAAGAAGCAAAAAUAACUGUUUUGCAGGAUGUUACCUUGAAAAAACAACAAAAACAGCUUUGAUAAAGUAUGUGUAAUACUGCAUAUUUGUAUGUAUUGUAAAUUCCCUGUUCCUUUGCCCAAAACAUUGAUUUCCAAUGGUUACUUAAGUAUCUUUUAAUCUUUGGCUGAACUAUUAAUACUGUAGAAGUCUAAAGAUCAUGUGUCACAUUUUUCUGCUCCAGCUGUGAGUUUUUCAGCAAAGAAUCAAUUGUUGCUAUUAUUAUAGUGAACACACUUUAUACACUGAAUGCACAACAAAAUAUAAUACAGAAAAAUAAAAGAAUAAAUUACUCUUGA